AUGUUUUCUCAUCAGCAGUUACCUGAGCCGCUGAAAAAGCCCAGUCAGUUAAGUGCGUGACAUUGAAGAACUGCUUGGCUCUGUCAUGUUACAAUGCAAAAGUGCUAAAUUGACGGACAUAUUUGUGUGUCAUUGCUCUCUCUGUGUGAUUGUGCUGUAUGUACCAUACUGGGUGGGGGUGUGUAUGUGUCUGUGUGUGUUUGCAUGUGUGUGUUUUUGUGUGUGCUGCUUGCAUCCAUGUGUGUUGUCCAAUUUUCAUCAUUUUUCUAACGUGUCUCCCCUCGCUCCAGUCGGACUCAACAGUGACCAUCACCUGUGCAGAUGGAAAGUGGAAUAAGCAGGUGUCGUGUGAGCCAGUAGACUGUGGCCUACCAGACAAGUACCACGUCCACCCAGCCCACUUUAACUUCCCUGAGGGAACUACUUAUGGCAAGAGGAGUACCUUCCAAUGCAGGGAGCCUGCCCUGCUCCUAGGUGAGAUACACUGACUCACACAAACACACUGUCUCAACACACACACACUAUCUCAACACACACACUGUCUCAACACACACACUGUCUCAACACACACACUGUUUCAACACACACACACUGUCUCAACACACACACUGUCUCAACACACACACUGUCUCAACACACACACACUGUCUCAACACACACACAUUGUCUCAACACACACAGUCUGUCUCAACACACAAACACUGUCUCAACACACACACACACACUGUCUCAACACACACACACACUGUCUCAACACACACACUGUCUCAACACACACACUGUCUCUCACACACACACACACUGUCUCUCACACACACACACUUUCUCACACACACGCUGUCUCAAAACACAGACUGUCUUAACACACACACACUGUCUCAACACACACACUGUCUCACACACACACACUGUCUCACACACACACUGUCUCAACACAUACACACUGUUUCACACACACACACACACACACACUGUCUCAACACACACACUGUCUCAACACACACACUGUCUCAACACACACACUGUGUCAACACACACACACUGUCUCAAUACACACACACUUUCUCAACACACACACACUGUCUCAACACACACACUGUCUCAACACACACACUGUCUCACACACGCACACUGUCUCAACACACACACUGUCUCAACACACACACACUCUCUCAACACACACAAACUGUCUCAACACACACAAACUGUCUCAACACACACACACUGUCUCAACACACACACUGUCUCAACACACACACGCUGUCUCGACACACACAAACUGUCUCAACGCACACAUGCUGUCUCAACACACACACACAGUCUCAAUACACACACUGUCUCAACACACACAAUGUCUCAACACACACACAAUUUCUCAAAACACACACUGUCUCAACACACACACUGUCUCACACACACACUGUCUCACACACACACUGUCUCACACACACACUGUCUCAACACACACACACACUGUCUCGCACACACACACUGUCUCAAGACACACACUGUCUCAACACACACACUGUCUCAACACACACACUGUCUCACAAACACACACACUGUCUCACACACACACUGUCUCAACACAUACACACUGUUUCACCACAUACACACUGUUUCAAACACACACACACACUGUCUCACACACACACUGUUUCAACACACACACUGUCUCAACACAUACUGUCUCAACACACACACACUGUCUCAACACACACAUUGUCUCACACACACACUGUCUCAACACAUACACACUGUUUCACACACACACACACACACACACACUGUCUCAACACACACACUGUCUCAACACACACACUGUCUCAACACACACACUGUGUCAACACACACACACUGUCUCAAUACACACACACUUUCUCAACACACACACACUGUCUCAACACACACACUGUCUCAACACACACACUGUCUCACACACGCACACUGUCUCAACACACACACUGUCUCAACACACACACACUCUCUCAACACACACUGUCUCAACACACACAAACUGUCUCAACACACACACACUGUCUCAACACACACACUGUCUCAACACACACACGCUGUCUCGACACACACAAACUGUCUCAACGCACACAUGCUGUCUCAACACACACACACAGUCUCAAUACACACACUGUCUCAACACACACAAUGUCUCAACACACACACAAUUUCUCAAAACACACACUGUCUCAACACACACACUGUCUCACACACACACUGUCUCACACACACACUGUCUCACACACACACUGUCUCAACACACACACACACUGUCUCGCACACACACACUGUCUCAAGACACACACUGUCUCAACACACACACUGUCUCAACACACACACUGUCUCACAAACACACACACUGUCUCACACACACACUGUCUCAACACAUACACACUGUUUCACCACAUACACACUGUUUCAAACACACACACACACUGUCUCACACACACACUGUUUCAACACACACACUGUCUCAACACAUACUGUCUCAACACACACACACUGUCUCAACACACACAUUGUCUCAACACAUACACACUGUCUCACACACACAUUGUCUCAACACACACACACUGUCUCAACACACACACACACUGUCUCAACACACACACACACUGUCUCAGCACAAACACACUGUCUCAACACACACACACUGUCUCAGCACAACACACUGUCUCAACACACACACACUGUCUCAACACACACACACUGUCUCAACACACACACACACACACACACACUGUCUCAACACACACACACUGUCUCAACACACACACACAAUCUCAACACACACACACUGUCUCAACACACACACACUUUCUCAAAACACACACUGUCUCAACACACACACUGUCUCACACACACACUGUCUCCAACCACUGUUCACACACACUUCUCACACACACACUGUCUCGCACACACACACUGUCUAAACACACACACUGUCUCAACACACACACCCUGUCUCACACACACUACUGUCUCAACACACACACUGUCUCAACACACACACACUGUCUCAACACACACUCACCACACACUGUCUCACACCACACACACCACUGUCUCAACACACACACUGUGUCACACACACACACUGUCUCAACACACACACACUGUCUCAACACACACACACUGUUCACACACACACACUGUCUCACACACACCUGUUCAACACACACACACUGUCUCACACACACACACUGUCUCAACACACACACUGUCUCAAACACACACACACGGUCUCUCACACACACUGUCUCAACACACACAACUGUCUCACACACACCACACUGUCUCAACACCACACACUGUCUCAACACCACAAAACUGUCUCAACGCACACACACGUCUCAACACACACUGUCUCAAACACACAAUGUCUCAACACACACACAAUUUCUCAAACACACACACUGUCUCAAAACACACACACUGUCUCAACCCCACACACUGUCUCACAACUGUCUCAACACACUGUCUCAACACACACACACUGUCUCGCACACAUACACUGUCUCAAGACACCACACUGUCUCAACACACACACUGUCUCAACACACACACUGUCUCAACACACACACGUUCUCACACCUGUCUCAACACACACCACAAUCGUCUCAACACACACACAUUCUCAACACACACUGUCUCAACACACACACACUGUCUCAACACACACACUGUCUCGCACACACACUUCUCAACACACACUGUCUCAACACACACACACUGUCUCGCACACACACACUGUCUCAAGACACACACACUGUCUCAACACACACACACUGUCUCAACACACAUACUAUCUCUCACACACACACUGUCUUAACGCACAUACACUGUCUUAACACACACACACUGUCUCACCACACACACACUGUCUCACCACACACACACUGUCUCAACACACACACUGUCUCAACACACACACUCUCUCAACACACACACACUGUCUCAACACACACACACUGUCUCAACACACACACACUGUCUCAACACACACACUGACCGUAUCUUUUUUAUAUCGCUUAUACUGUAUAUUUUUCUCUCUCUUUGUUCAACUAUUUGUCAUCCCCCCCCCCCCCCCUAUUUGUCAUCCCCCCCAGGUUCUAACAACACUCUGACGUGUCUGGAGGAUGGUUUAUGGUCCUUCCCCGAGGCGCUGUGUGAGCUGCGCUGUCCGGCCUCGCCCCACGUGCCCAACGCCAUGCUGCAGACCAAGCGCUGCAAUGAAACGGGCCUCAAAGUGGGAUCCCUCUGCAAGUACAAGUGCAAGCCGGGCUACCACGUCACCAACAAGCCCAAAAGGUAAUCGACCACCCACAUGGCUUACAUUUGGGGUAAAUUCAAUUUAAGUUCAGUUCAAUUGAAUGGGUUUGAAAUGGAAUUGAUCCAAUUGAUCCUGUCCAACUCUUGAUCUUCACCUUUCCCACCCUUUCGACAUAGAGCAUGUCUCUAGUCUUUGUCCUCUCAAUUCAGUUCCACUCAACUCAACCCAACAUGUUUUGUUUUGCGUUCGUCAGGCGAGCAUUUAAGCGUCAGUGCACGGAGGACGGCAGCUGGCUGGAGGGGGCGUGUGAACCGGUGACCUGUGACUCUCCGCCCGCCAUCUUCCACGGCAUGUACCAGUGCACGGACGGCUUCCACUUUGACAGCACCUGCUGGAUCAACUGCCCCGGAGCCAACCACACGGUGAGACCGCUGCACACCGCUCCAUGCAAGCAGGUCUGUCUCUCUCUACUCCUCCACUCAACUGUCUGUCUGUGUCCGCUGGGCUUUCUGUCUAUGGGGCUGGCUGUUUGUCUGUCCGUCCGUCCAUCUGUCUAUCUAUCUGUCUGUCGGUGUGUUUGGCUUUCUGUCUAUUGGGCUGACUGUCUGGCUGUCUAGCUGUCUGGCUAUGGGUCUUUCUGUCUGUCUGUGGGGCUGUGUAUGUCUGCGGCACAGUCUAUCUGUGGGUGUGUUUAUGUGUGUCUGUCUGUGUGUCUCUGUCUGUCUGUCUAUCAAUCUGUUAUUUAGUUGGCUGGCUAGCUUGCUGUCUGUCAGUCUGUCUGUCUGUCCAUUUGUCUGUCUGUCUGUCAGCUUUGCCUAGUCUUUUGGUGUCUUCUUAUAACGUUGUACUGGCCCCAGUGUCUGUGCUAUAGCUGUUUGUCUAUAUCUGUUGUCUUUGUGAAGUGUGAAAGAAUAAUGUGUUAGGCAACGGGAGAUGUAAUGAUCAAGAUAAUGCUCAAGAUAAUGCUCAAGAUAAUGCUCAAGAUAAUGAUCAAGAUAAUGAUCAAGAUAAUGAUCAAGAUAAUGCACAAAUGUGGAAGCAGGUAAAUACGUACGCAUGACGCACAUUUUUACACAUGUACUUUCUCCCAACCUCUGUCGCAUACAUGCUUCAUAUUCAUAGCUACACAAGUGUACAUGACACUUCACAUAACACAUAGACUUCUUUGCAUUGCAUUGCCCUUGACCUGAGGAUCUCUCUGUGUGAUAGCCUUUGAUGCAGUGAUGUGUGUGUGUGUAGAUUAGUUUGUGGCUGUAUUAUAAUGAGAGGAUCAGAGGGUGUUAGGGUCUCCAGUGUUAGCAUGUACAGUAUGAUUCAUAGACAGAGGAGAUUAUCCCUCUCUCACAUUAUCUUUCUCUCAGCCCCCUUUCCCCUCUCUCUCUCUCUCUCUCUCUCUCUCUCUCUCUCUCUCCUCUUCCCUCUCUCAUCUCUCGCCUCUCUCACCUCUCUCUCUCUCCUCAUCUCCUUCUUCUCUCUCUCUUCCUGCUUCGUCUCUCUCUCCCUCUCUCUCUCUCUUCGUCAUCCUCUCUGCUCUCCUCUCUCCCUCUCUCUCUCUCCUCUCUCUCUCUCUCUCCUUUUCUUCAUGUGCUUUUCUCUCUCUCUUUCUCUCUCUCUUUCUCCCUCCAUCAAUCCCACUGAAGUAGCACAGACAGUUAUUAGAUUGACAUUGAUUGUCAAAAUAGUUGUGCCACAGACAGAUAGAGCAAUGUUAUAGGCCCUCUAAUCCUCUUUGACUACAGACUCCAAUUAUUAUCAUGUUUCAUGGUGAUAUGGAAGGUGGUUCUCAAUGUCCUCGGUGUGUGUGCGUGUGCGUGUGCGUGUGUGUGUGUGUGUGUGUGUGUGUGUGUGUGUGUGUGUGUGUGUGUGUGUGUGUGUGUGUGUGUGUGCGUGCAUGCAUGUUUGUGCGUGUGUGUGUGUGUGUGUGUGAAGCAGGGGCCCAGCACCAAUGUGAUCCGUUGUAGGAAGGACGGCAACUGGACUGGUUCCUUCAAGCUCUGUCCUCAGAGCAAGGGACAGUGCUCUCUACCUCAAAACCUUAACCCCAGCAUACGAGUCAGCUGCAAGAAGGGACAUGGAAUAGGUCUGUAUAUGCACUAUGUGUGUGACAUAGUAGAAACCAUAUUAUACACUAUGUUUGUCAGAAUAUAGAGCAUCACUAGGGACCAGAGUAAUUUCUGGUCUUGAGGUUAAGUCAAAUUUAGGGACCUUGACAUAUAAAAUAUGGGACGACAGUUAGCUUAGCGGUUAGAGCGUUGGGCCAGUAACCGAAAGGUCACUAGCUUGAAAUCCCUGAGCAGGUGAAACUGCCACCGAUGUGCCCUUGAGCAAGGCACUUAGUCCUAAUUGCUCCAGGGUCACCUUUGAUAAUGGCAGACCCUGGCAAUGACCCCACUCUCCAAGGGUGUCUCAGGGAGAGUUGGGAUAUGCAAAAAACACAUUUCCAUUUCACACAUGCGUAUAAUACACACUUGUACGUGUGUGAAACAGGACAAAUAUAACCACCCACCAAGUUAUUAUUAUUAUUAUUAUUAUUAUUAUUAUUAUUAUUAUUAUUAUUAUUAAAUAGAUGAUCACAAGUGUACAUGACUUAGGGCGGUGCACAAUUGGCCCAGCGUCGUCCGGGUUUGGCCGGUGUAGGCCGUCAUUGUAAAUAAGAAUUUGUUCUUAACUGACUUGCCUAGUUAAAUAAAGGUAAAAUAAAAUAAAAAAUUAAACUCUUGUGUCUUCUAAAUAGAAUAAAACCUGAUUUGAUGUGUGUACAGUUUGUGCAGACACUGAUGAUGUCGUUGGGUUUGUUUUGUAACACACACAGGUGAGGAGUGUGAGCUGGCGUGCAGGGACAAUAACAGCGAUGUGGUGAUCCUGCUUAGCAACAUGACCGCAGACAGCAUACGCAAGGAGCACUGGAGAAACCCACCCAAAGUCAAGGUGUGUGUCUGUCACAAGUCCCACAGACGUACUUCACAAAGCACUGCUGAUCAUGAUCCUUCAUAUUAGGAAUUUGACACUAUAUGUCUAUAUCCUGGUAAUAUUGUGAACUACAGAAGGACCGAGCCAUUCACACCUACUGUCUCUCUGUGGCCAAAUCAUCUUGGAUGGCUAGACACUGGAAAACACAUCAAAUUGAUAGGAACAGACAGGCAGACAGACAGACAGACAAAGACAGUAUGGGACAACAACAUAAGAGGAACCCUCUGCGAGAGUUCACUCAAAGAAAACAAGUUGCAGUGGACUCUGGGACAUGAAGUGUUGUACUGCCACGCUCAGCCUAGUCCAACACCACCACCACCCGCAACAGUAUGCCCAGGUUACAUUCAGUUACUCCUCUAUUACCAGGCAUGUCCCAACACAAUUAACCAACGCGACUUGGAAAAACACAGUCAAAUCCCAGCUAGUCAUCUCUGAACUCAUGUGAACCGCAGCCAGCGACAGGGCAAGUUGUAAAAGUUAAAAAGCGACGUGUCGUCAGUAAUCACUAUAAUUUCUUUAAUGACCCCAUUACAAGCCUUAAUAGCCUGGUUUGAUUUAGAUAUACCUGACAGGGCUAUUGUAUUGAGUCUGCACUGAUUGCCUAAAUUGGCAGCUGUGAUUGCGAAAUAAUGGCGGGGGUCAGUUUACAGAAGCAUACUGUAAACGUUGUGUAAGCGUUGUCCCCCCCGGACAUAGAGAGUAAUGAAAUACGCUACGAUAAGUACCAUAAUGACGUUGUUGUAUCGACAUGUAUUUGUCAGUGAAUUCCACCGCUUCCUCGCUUCAUUUUACUUGAUUUAAGUCAAUGGGAUUUAAUUAUUCAAUUUCAGUUAAAAGCUAUUUUCAAGGUUUUUAGCUGCAGUUGGAUGGAGGCAGACCCUAAAUAGGGCUAGGGGCUAGGCUAGCCAAUGAGGGCCUUGGGAGUUGGGAUUGAGAACAUUAUGUUUUUUUCUAGGGGUGUUUUGUUUUCAUUACGAGUCGCACUGAGUCAGCCGUUUGUGGCGGUGCGGGGGAAAUAAAAUGAUCCCUUUGUAAUUGAUUUGUGUAAUUGAUAUGAUUUAUACGCUGGUGUAAUGUGAGUCUGGAGGCAAAAGGGGAAAGGGAAACAGGAUUGAUGGGGCAUAGAGAUGUUCCACGAGGGUUGGAUGAGGUGAAAUCAAUAGGCUGUUCUAGUGUGCUCAUUAGCUUAUACUGCUGCUGCUUGUGCCUCUGUGCCGGCCCACGUCAAUCGUUGCAUGUGAAUUCCAAUGCAACCUGUUCCACCUUUUUGGCUACCUGACAACAACAGGACACCCCCCUCCCCUCUAGAAGAAAAAUAUCUCAACUUUGUCAGUCUAGUUGUGUGCAGCAGAUGGCUACUCAGUCAGAUUUGCCUUCAGAACUGAUGGCUCACACCACGGGACAUCCAGUUUCUAAAUGAAAGUGUCAACUCAACCUGAACACACUUCUGAAAGUGCUAUCUGGAAAUCCACCCUGGUAUCUGCAAUUGAUUGAAUCCUGGCCUAUAAGUGUUCUCAAAUGAGUGAUGCUUAACAUGCCUUUUUAUCUCUAAUCAAAUGUGAUCCGUACCACCUACAAUAUCACUAAAACUCAAUAGAAGACUGAUUAUGGGAAGUAUAGUAGCAUAAGUAGAGAACCAUCAAAUAUGAUUGAUGAUUCAAAUAAUGAUUAAAAUCACUAAUAACCCAUGAUUAGAUUCUGUGGUAGUAUUCUCAUGUCAUUUUACCUUAAAAGCUCUAUCGUGGAGCUACUCUUGAUUCACUAUUAAAAAUGCAGCCAGUUUCUUUAGAACACAGGCUGAAAUCCACUUUGCAUUUCCAUAUGUGCUGAGACAGGGGGUUUAGCCUCUUCAUCACUUAUAGUGAUGUAUCACCCUUCCGACCCAUUAGUUUUGGGGUUUGACCCACUUAGGCUACCGUACUCCUCCUCUCUCUCACUUUUUGUAGCUCUCUUCCCUUGCAUCAGCAGAAAUUACACUGCUACAUUUAGAAUCAGUCAUUUCUAUGUGAAUAAUAUCUAUUAGAGACAUGACCUCACCGUGGAGAUAUGGAUCUAUUUUGGUGUGAUAUCAGUGCACGUGGGGCAGGUGCUUGAGCGAGGAUCCUGUGCACAAGGGGGGUGAAGUGAGGCCACAGUUGUGGAUUAUUUUGAUUUGCGGCCAUGCCAAGCGAGUUGGUCGGUGACAUCAUCUUCUUAGCGAAAGUGGCAGCGAAAAGUUUUACAACUAAGUCUCUCUAACCCCCCCUCCCACCUGCAACCCCCUUUGCAGAUGUAGAGGACAUGUACCAAAGUCUAGCCACUCUUACUAUGGUCAUCCUACCUGGGGGGAGCCUAUUUGACCCCCCCUAAGUGAGCUCACCCACUUCACAGAAGCAUGCUGGGAAAGGAAUGUGGUGCUACCCAGUAUCCAACUGUCCUCAAAUGCUCUGUUGUUCUUUCUCUCUCUCCGCCGAUCCCUCUCUCUCUGCCCUCUCUCCCUUCUUCUUCUUUUUUUCUGUCAUUGAUUUGCUGACGGCACUGAAAUGAAAAAUACCUUAGUUUGCAGCAGUGAAAAAGCAUGUCAAUUCAUGUGUUAUUGGGACACGUCAGGGCUGGGAAAAAAAUGCUGCAGCGGAGGUCAGCCAGUCCUCUGCUGUGGAUGGCACUUUUGGUCCCGGUCCGCACCGGGUAGGUUUUACUGCAUGUACUGGAUUGCCUUCGUCUGGGGACAUGAUGUUCCCCUGAAAACCCUCUCAUUUCACACAUACAGACCCUGUGGAAGACAGAUAUUAUCUUAUACACUCUCUCAGCCCGCAUAACAUACACACACAUGCAUGGAGACACACAGAUACGCACACACAGACACACACACUACAUUCAAAUCACCUCAGAAGCCCUCUAGAACAAAUGUGUGUAUUUCAUGCGUCCCAAUGAGAGCAGACAAUGAAAGCAAGAGAGCAGAUUCCACACAUACUGAGGAGAUAUUUGAGAACACGUUUCGUACUCGAUCUCCUGGGGCCAUUGCCCUGGUAUGAAAGAGCACCUUUAUACAGCAUAAGGAUCAAGUUAUAUCAUGUCAAGUAGAUUUAUUCAGCGAUCUGUGGAGGGGUAAUCAAUCAAAAGCAGGCUUCACCACCGUUGAAAACAUCCAUUCAUUUAUUCAUAUGGAAAAUGCCAUGAACUUUGCUCGUCCUGAAUGUGGAGGGAGUUAAGGUAAACAACAUAACAAGGAACAUGGUCGUUUCACUGGAGUGGUGGCACCCUGCCCUCCUAACAGACCAGGAUGUGUCACAUUAUGUGUUAUCCAAAUAGGCACAUGUAGCGUGACGAGAGAGAGAGGAAAAAAAUAUGUAUGACAGAAGUUGUUUGAUUUAGAUAAGCUGGUAACGUUGGAAGGAAGUAGAGGCAUGAUGUGGUUGAGCAGGAUAGGUCUAAUCGGCUUCAGUCGCUUUGGUAAAAACAUCUCAUUAUAAUGUAUUUCAAGGUAUUUGACCUGUAGAAACACUUGCUGCAACCCACCUUUGUGCAAGUGAAUCAACUAGGAAUUAAAUGUGCUUGUGGUUGGGAUCAGACGUCACUGCGAGCCGGAUCUGUUGAAACAAGACACUGAGGUGGCAGACUUCAAAGAACCAACCAACAAGACUGUGUGUGCAGCCUACCCACUGGGCAAAAACUGGUUGAAUCAAUGUUGUUUCCACGUCAUUUCAACCCCCCCCACAUUGAAUUUACAUUAGUUGACAACUCAACCAAAUGUAAAUCAAAACUAGACGUCUGUGCCCAGUGGGUAGUCUUGCCGUAUGACUCCUUGUUUAUGUUUGUGUGGGUUCUGGGGACAACACAAUGAUGCAUUAACAGCAGGCGGCAACAACAUGCCAUUCCACAUGAAAUACUUUCACUCCACAGUCUGAUAUUGAAAGCAGGAAAAAUACUUACCCCAAAAUCAUUACUAGUACUACUACUACUUGUUCUAACGACCAAUAUGGCUACAAUAUCCAUCCUUACAACUACAUCUCCCCUUGUCAUUUAUAUUUUAAUCAAUAUAUUUUAUUCCAUAGCUCACAGAUUGACAUUUCAUCCAUAUACAGUAGAGAUAUUUUGAGUGUCUGAACCCCUAUUGACUGUUUUCCUUUUGUCUCCUUACAGAAUAUAGUGUGUACAAUGGGACUGAAGUGGUUUCCACAUCCAGAGGUGCUCCACUGCAUCAAAAGAUGUGAUGUAAGAACUUCUAUGAGCUUUCUGAGGAUAGUAGUUUAUCUAUGAAAGAAAGGUUUCGCCUGAGAUUAAAGAUAUGGGAUAAGGUCCUCAUCUGUGUGAAAGGAUGUGAGGUAAGGACAGUUGUGAAAAAAGUACACAAUUGUCAUACUUGAGUAAAAGUAAAGAUACCUUAAUAGAAAAUGACUCACGUAAAAGUGAAAGUCACCCAGUAAAAUACUAUUGAGUAAAAGUCUAAAAAUAUACUUAAGUAUCAAAAGUAAAUGUAAUUGCUAAAAUAUAUUUGAGUAUCAAGAGUAAAAGUAAAAUAACAAAUAAUUUAAAAUCCCUUAUUAAGCAAACCAGACGGCAUAAUUUUCUUGUUUUUUAAAUGUAUGGAUAGCCAGGGGCACACUCCAACAUUCAGACAUAAUUUACAAACAAAGCAUUUGUGUUUAGUGAGUCCGCCAGAUCAGAGGCAGUAGGGAUGACCAGGGAUGUUCUCUUGAUAAGCGUUUGAAUUGGACCAUUUUCUGUCCUGCUAAGUAUUUAAAAUGUAACAAGUACCUUUGGGUGUCAGGGAAAAUGUAUGUAGUAAAAAGUACAUUAUUUUCUUUAGGAAUGUAGUGAAGUAAAAGUUGUCCAAAAUAUAAAUAGUAAAGUAAAGUACAGAUACCCCAAAAAAUUACUUCGGUAGUACUUUAAAGUAUUUUUACUUAAGUACUUUACACCACUGGGUAAGGACUUCACCUGAGUUAAAGGAAAUUGGGUAAUAGGUUUACAUGAGAGGGAGAGAGGUAAGGGCUUCAACCAGAGAGGAAGAGGCCCGUCCAAAUCUGUCCACAUGGGAAUACUGCGAUAAGCAGACCAAUAAACAGACCGAUAAGCAGACCAUCUGCCUUCACGACUCCCAUUGUUAGGGCAGAGACCAUCUUGUCAUUAAAUACAGUAUCACUGAUUCAACUGUGUGAGAGGAAGUGGGGUAAGAGGACGUGCCAUGCGUCAUGGAGGCUAGUGGUGAUGAGGAGAGGUGUGUGAGGAGUAUAAACACUGUCACAGAACAGGAUUAAGUGUUCUGAUAACAAGUGCUUCUUUAUGUAUUUUGCAACAUAUCCUGAUAUUUUCUAAAUGUUAUCAGAUCAGACAUCACCUUAAAUUUCCAGAUAUGUAGCUUUUUCAAUUUGUUCUACUCCCCAUGGAGUUUAUGCAGACACUAGCCUGGCGGGAGCCGUCAAGAUUGAAAGAUACACAAAUACAGAUCCAGACACAUAUAUGCAAGCACACACACACACACACAGUUCUGAACACACUGCCCUGAAUACACUGUCAGCCAGCCAGCCAGUGAAGUAGCUAGCUACCUAUCAGAGAGACAAGCCUUUUAACAGCAGGCGAGCUCAUUCGGGAGAAGGUUGAUAUACAACAUUGUUUCAGAGCAUGGGUAGCUAAUUGUUCUCUCUGGGGAGACGCUCUGCUCCAGUGACGUCAGUUACCAUGGAUACCGGCACAAGCGGAGAAGCCAAUUAGUCAGGUUUGAUUCAUGUCGUCUCCGAAAUGAAACACUUUACCCACAUGGGGACCUGGAUCUGUUUCAGAGAAUCCCACCACAAGAGAAGAGAAACAGGAAAGAACUGAUACUGGGCUAUAGUAGCCUGACACUUUGUCUACACACCCUAUGUAGCUGAUAUUGUAGUAUGCUAAUAUUUUCAGGUCCGAUAAUAUGGUUAACAAAACUUGUUCUUUCCUCAGGCAAAAUAUAUAUUUACCGCAAAAACUUCAAUUAAUAGCCCGGCCGUUUAUUUGCAUCAAUCACUGAACACAACAGGCACUUAUUAGAGACAGGCUUCUAUUUGAGCAAGGUGUCUAUUUCCUUAAUGCACACAGCUUACCUUUUUCCUCCCCCUACCUUGCAGUCUCACCCUCUUCUGAUCCACCUCAGACAAAUGUUCAAGUUCGACUUUUUGACAUCGGCAUUCUCUCACUUGUUGUGGAUCAAUUCCAAAAUGCCUGGCUGUUGCCUCGCCCGAAUUUUGCUCUGCGAAUUUGAUCACUGCUAGCUUGAAUUUGAUGUUGUGUUUUCUUUUUGGUGGCGCCAUGGCUAGCAACGGUGACAGAAUUGUAUUAUUAUUGUUUUCUAUGCAAAUGACCAUGGAAAUAUCAGAGCUGUGUCUGGCAUUUAUUUGAAACAGGUAUUGCUGAAAUGUGUGCCGAUGCCCGGAUAUUAAAAGGAACAGGCGGCUAUUUAAGACUCAGCGUUAAAUUGAAGUUUUACAGUAGAUUUUACUGUGAUAUAUUUUCAUUUUAUCGUAGUAAAGAAAGUAUUCACCCUUUGAUCGGUGUUGGUAGAAGGAUGAUGUCAUCAUCCACACAGCUUAAGCCAAUUGGAUAACCCAGGAGGGGGGAGGGCGGGGCUAGCCUCAUAAACUACAUGAUUGGAGUGUUCCUUAGCGUCAUAUAGUUUAUGGUGUCCUCACGUUGGACUUCUCGCGGCUUAAAAAGUCACAUUGGAAGAAGUGGAAAUUAUGUACCAGAUUAAUCAGCAAAUCCAGAACAAAACCUGGUUGAGAUGGGGAUAAGACAAAAAAAGUUAAAACAAUACAAUAUUAUUAAAAUUAAACUUAAAUAAUAUAGAGCACUUAAGUUGGGUAAUUAAACACAAAUAAAUCAGAGAGAAUCAGUGGGGUUUUCCUCUCUAUGUUGUCCAUAUGUGUAUGUACAGUAUACUGUAUAGGUUGUUGAUGAUGCCCUGCCUCUUAUUGUCUCCUCUUGUUUGUCUCUUUCUCUGUCACAGCCGUUCAUUGGAGACAAUUACUGUGACUCGGUCAACAACAGAGCCUUCUGUAACUACGACGGAGGGGACUGCUGCCACUCCACCGUCAAGACCAAAAAGGUGAGUAGUCCAGAACAUCUGGACUUGUAUUCACUAAACCUUCUCAAGACAAAAUGGCUUCUUCUUAUCUGCCUUUUGAAAUUGUUUAAGAUAAGUUAACAUAACAGUUAAGUUGCUACUCCUAAACAAAGUUAAUGGGAAUUAUCUUAAAUGUAUUCUUAUGUUCUCACUGUGGCUACUGAGUAAUUUGAAGUCAUUUGUGAACUUAUACUCGCUGCCAUAUCUUUCUGA